AUGUUUCAGAAAUUGCAACAAGAUUUGCAUGCCAGUCAAGGUUCUCAUCCAUUUGAUGGAGUUAACAGUCUAACUGUAGAUAAUCUCUCACCUCCAAGUUUGCACAACUACAUACUUAUUAGACUCAGAGCUAAAGGAGAUGAAUAUCACGUGUUUAGGGAAGAUGCUAAGCAAGAAUGGGAUUCAGUGAAAUCUUAUUAUCAGAAAGCUGCAACAACAUAUACCAAAGGAGAUCGAGCAUAUGCUGCCUUUCUUUCUGACCAGUCAUUUCCCGAAAGCAGGGUGCAGACAACAGUCACAGGACUACUGAAACUUAAUAAAAGCUACCUCUCAACCCAGUCCUUGUGGAGACCAGAAGGAAACCCAUUAGACCUUAACAACUUACCUGAUGAGUACUCUAGAGAUGGAAAACAAGUCCUCGAAGACAGCUCCUCACCCGGUUGCAGGAAAAAGAAAAGCGGCGGGAAGGAUGGAAAAGACGAGUGUGGGAAGGUCUACGAGUGUAGAUUUUGUUCCCUCAAGUUCUGCAAGUCUCAGGCUCUUGGGGGACACAUGAACCGCCACCGCCAAGAGAGGGAAACAGAGACGCUGAACCAUGCUCGUCAGUUGGUCUUCCGUAAUGAUCAUAACCUUGCUGCACAAGGUGCCACUCACUUAGGAUGCUGCCAACCAAUAGCAACAGGGGGUUAUCAUCCAUCAGGUAACAUGGGAGACCCAACAGCACCUCUGAGAUUCCCAAGAUACUUCUCUGGUUCAUCCUCAACCCACAUACCACCGCCACCGCCACCGCCUCCACAACCAUAUUUAUACGCUUCUCCUUCAAGGCCAGUGUCUUUUCCCUCACACUUCACUCAGCAUCCAUCGGUGAACGAUUACUGUGUGGGUCAUGUCCUGAGUGGCCACCCCAACAUUAACUAUGUGGCGGGUGCAGCAGCAGCAUCAGAGUCAAGUUACACCUGCAUUGGUGCACCGGUGGGACAAGGGUUCGGAGGUGGUGUUGGUGUUGGUGUUGGUGUUGGUGGGCGAGGCUUGGAUGGUGGUAAGGACGGGUCACUGCAGAAUCAGGAAGAAGGAUUGAAUUGGGGAAGGAGCUAUUCAGGAGCACAGCACCGUUUGGAUCCUCAUUCAGCGAUCAAUCGGUUUCAAGAUGGUUUCUAA